GAGUGCGCCUGCGCCACAACUCUUGACCGCGCACAUGUAACGGAGCCCCAGACCGCGGGGCUGACGGAGGGAUACUGCGGACGGGUCGACUCUCGCCUUCCGUUUCUUUUUUACCGUUUGUCUGUAGCAUGCUCGCGCUCCCGGCUCCGCGUGUGACUAACGGCUUCCCCAGAGCCCCGGUGUCCCAGUGAAGUGUUGGGACUGAGAUGAUGCGGACCGGGGGGCUGCUGCUGACUCGGGGGGGCACUCCGUCACUCCUGCUCUCUCCCACACGUGUGGCCUGACGCUGCUCCUCCUCCCGUUCAAACCUCACGACGAUGGACGAGGACCUGCCUCGAAACGGGCUGCACCACGACCCAGACCCGGGGGUCUCCCUGCCCCCCCUGGACCCGGGGCAGCACCACGACCCGGGGGUCACUCUGCCACCACUGGACCCGGGGGUCACCCUGCCCUCCCUGGGGCAUACGGGGAUCCCCCUGCCCCCCCUGGUCCCGGGGCUGCAGGGGUGCGAGGCCAGUGCGCUGCAACUCCGGAUAAAGAAUUCUAUCAGCAAAUCCGUCCAAUCCAAGGUGGACACCAUGUUGCAAGACGUGGACAAGUUCACCGACAUUGAGAAGUUGUACCUCUAUCUCAAGCUGCCAACUGGCUCCAGCGUUACCACGGAUAAAAGCGAGCAGGCCCUGGCCACCUCCAGCCGCACCCAGCAGACGCACGCCUUCCACUGGAUCCGCAGCCACCUGGAGGAGCACCCCGAGACCUCCCUCCCCAAGCAGGAGGUGUACGACGAGUACAAGAGCUACUGUGACAACCUCAACUACCACCCCCUGAGUGCUGCCGACUUCGGGAAGAUGAUGAAGAACGUGUUCCCAAACAUGAAAGCUCGGCGACUAGGCAUGAGAGGCAAAUCCAAGUACUGCUACAGCGGUCUGAGGAAGAGGGCGCUGGUCAGCAUGCCCUCACUGCCCACUCUGGACCUACACAAAACAGGGAACUCCCUCCAGUUUGAAGCUCUGGAUUCUCCAGGUCCAAUCUCCAACAUCAAGGAGGAGGUGCGCUAUGCCGCCUGUGGCCUGGUGUGUGAGUGGGCCCAGAAAGUUCUCAGCCGUCCGUUCAACGCCGUAGAAGACCUCGCCCGCUUCCUUCUGAACAGCCAUUACAUCAGCAACAAGUCUGUUGCCGCGCUCAGCAUCAUGGCCAGCACGGCAGCCGGGGUGAAGUCCCCCCAGUCGGCCUCGGCCUUCGUCCCGACCCCCGAGGCCGGCCCCUACCAGCCUCAGGCCGCCGCCCGCCCCUCCCCCUCCAUCGACGCCAAGCAGCAGCUCCAGCGCAAGAUCCACAUGAAGCAGCAGGAGCAGAGGCUGACCUCCCCCCCGCCUGGGGAGGGGUCGGCCCGACGCGCCGAGGAGGGGGCCCCCCCCGCGGGCCGCGCCCUGCUGGGGGCCAGACCCGCCCACCCCUCCCCCCAGCCCCCCCUCGGCCUUGUGGUGGCGGCAGUUCAGAGCCCCCUGACGGUACAGAGAGGCCGGUCGCUGUUGUCCCCGAGUCCGGCGGCAGAGAACAAGGUGGGGCCCCUCAGCCUACAGGUGGUGGCCCCGCCGGUCCAGAGUCCCAGGGCUGCCCCCGCCGACCGCGGUGCUCGCCAGCGCUACCCCCAGAUCCUGCCCAAACCGUCGACCACGAGCGCCCUCGCCCUGCACCCCCCCCCCACGGUGCUGCUGGCCGGCAGCGCCCUCCAGGCCGUCCUCCCUGCCUGCCACCUCAGCCCGGGGCCCCUGCUCCAGAUGACGGCCGUCCCCCUCCCCCGCGGCGGCGCCCCGGCCCCCCCCACCCCCGCCCCACAGCAUGGGACGGCGGAGGAGAACCAGGGAGCCAGCCCCCAGAACACCAGGGGGUCCGCCGCCCCCCCGACGGCCCCCGCAGUCGGACCCGGACCGGCGGACCAGCCCCCCAGCAUCGACGUGGAGAUGGAGGUCGAGGUUAUCCACCAGAACAGCCAGCACCUGAAUGCUAACGGACUAGCUCUGAACCCGGGAACAGUGACCCCUAGAGGUCAGCCCAGGGCUGCCAGUGUGCCCAUACCACAAACCAGAGGCUACCUGGGGCUGGAAGACAGAUCCUAUCGGAAGACCAGUGUGACGUGCUCACUGGGAACCAUAACUGGAACCAUCCUAGAAGGAGGCAAUAAUAUUAUUAAUAACCAAAGCACUUUACACUCAAAUGUUUCUACCAGGAACUUAGGAGAUGUUUCGGUUCCAAACGCAAACAUGUCACCAUCCUUAAGAAGAAGCAGCGAUGGAUUAUUAUUCAGUAAUAAUAACACAACAAGCCCCAGGAAGCGGACCGGCCUGAGCCCAGACCCUCACUACUCCCCCCUGAAGAGGGUGUUUACCUCCAGGCCAGCUGAAGGGUACUCUGACGACUUCAGAGACGAGAUCACAGCCAUGACCAGCCGGCCGCCGUCCACAGGAGUGCCGCUCCGACCGGAGAGCGCCCCCGUCUUCAGCAGGGGCCUGAUGAGAGGGGGCUCUGCCGUAUCCCCUCACGGCCCCGCCCUCUCCACAGCGCCCUUCAAUACGAGUGGCUUCCAGACGGUCGCCAGAACACAGAGCACGGUGGAACAAAGGAGCAGAAGCACUUGCAGCUUUAUGGAGAGCCCUCCCUCGUUCGGUCGUGGUGCACUCAUACGAAAACAACAGCAGUACCACAUGACACACGUGGAAGCCAUAUCCAACAGCCCAGACCUCCACAGGCAGACUCCUGUUUCUAACAACAACCCCCUCUGCUCCACUGAGGGGCUGAGCGGGCCGCAUAUGGAGCAGCCAUACUGUCGGAUGGACCCACUGUCCGACCACCAGCGGACCUCCACCCCCCUCAGGGACCCCCUGUCGGCCAUGGGCCAGCCCCCGGCCUGCGGCCCCGCCGCCAUGCAGACGGGGGCAGGCUACUUCCUGGAGGACGACGACGUGACGCAGGACAGCAUCGUGGAGGAGCUGGUGCAGAUGGAGGAGCAGAUGAAGCUCAACCUGCAGCAGUUCGGCCCGUGUGCGUCCUCCCAGCGGCAGCAGACACCGAUGCAGGGCAGAGCGGCGUCCUCCAAUCAGGUGGUGACGCCGUUCUACCACUCCCGCAACAGCAGCUGCACUCCGGUCCAGACGCCCACCCCCACCCCCACCUCCGAGAUGAUGGGAGGAGCCAGAGCCCUGAUGAGCCCCUGUUCCCGCAUGGCCCCCACCACCCCGGUGGACGGCGCGCUGGGCGGCGGCUGUCACACCCCCAGGGGCACCCCCACCCCCACCUGCAGUAGCACUGCACAGGCUGGCCUUGUGGAGUGCAGGAACCCCUUCGCCUUUACCCCCAUUAACUCCAGUGUCACCGGUUACCAUGGCAGCAGCACGGUCUCCUGCAGCCCGGUCAAACCCAUGCAGCGGCCGACGGCCACGCACCCGGACAAGGCCAAGCUGGAGUGGAUGAACGAGAGCUACAACUGCAGCGCACAGAGCCACAGCGGCCUGGGCCUCAUCCCAAGCUACCAGGACCUGGCUGAGGACCACUUCCAGAAGCCUCACGCCUUCGCCAUCCCGGGGCAGACAGUCCACCCACAGGGCAGACACCACCAUGGCCACCUCGGCCGCCUCACCCCCGUCUCCCCCGUGCAGCAGCAGGCGCCCAGCAUGGCGAGGAGGGAAGGCUUCGCUGUCCCCGCCCCUCUGGAUAACAAAGCCACCGGCGCCCCCGCCGCCAACACUGCCUUCAGGUGCCGCAGCGUGAGCCCCGCGGUGGGCCAGCGGAACACGGGCACCAACGGACCCCCACACAUGGCCCGGACACUGGUCUCCCCCCAGUUCCACUCCCCUGUGGCCCCUGAGAUGUUGAACAUCUUCGCCAACAGCCAUCAGAACAUGAGUGUGAGCAGCCUGGCCCAGAGGAGCCAGUCGGUGCCGGUCAACGUGAUGAUGCAGACGGAGGUCCUUCCUCUGCAAGGUCAACACCAGAGCCUCGGGAGCAUCCUGCUGGGUAAGAUCGAGUUAGACUGUGACACGGGACGCGGCCUGGGCAGGACCCAUCUGCCCUCCAGCUACACAGCGUGUAUGAACCUCUCCCAGAUGGUGGAACCGGCUCCAACCGGUGCCAACCACCAGGCCCUGAGGUCUGCUGACAAUCACAGUGACUACCGCUUCCAGAAGCCCACUUACCUCACGCAAGGCCCGACCAAUGAACAGAUGAUGCUGUGUUCAGGGGGCGGGGCCAACCCAUCAGGAAUCUCCAGGCAGUAUCACCAGCAGGCCCCGCCCCCCCACCUUACCGCCGCCCCCCCAGAGCAGCGGCAGCAGCAGCAGGGACAGCUGCUUGACUUCAACACGACGGUUAAGAAGCUCAUCAGUGAGAACAGCUGCCUUCACUCUGGGAAAAGGCUCUCGGAGCAAGCAUCAGAACACAGUACCGGGGGGCAGGAAUACCCCGGGGAGAUGGGAACGACGUUGGAUCUCUCCAGCACCAUCAGUGACCUGAACACUCUGGAUACAAAUCUCCUGUUUGACCCCAAUCAGCAGCAAGGUCAAUAUCAGGAUACCACACCUGAAGACAUCAUGAAUGACCCCUUGUUCCAACAGAUCUGCAGCGAGACUGCAAACGCAAGUGGGUUUGACUGGCUGGAGAGCAAGGAUCAUCCAACAGUUGGGCUGAUAGGUUGAGCAAUAAUACAGUGUUAGCAGUUUGGCGUUCACAUAAUAAUGUGUGAUUGUUUGUGUUUUCUUUCAUUAAGGUCAAGGGUUUGUUUUCACUAUUGAGGUCCUCAAAUAUGUCCUGAACCUUGAGUCCUCAACAUGAAUUAUUUUAGGUUAUUUAUAGCUCAAACAAAGAAUUACAUAAUUUGCAUGUGUUUGCAGAUUUGUGUUUUUCGCCUUAGUUUUACUUUUCAUUAUUUAUUAGUUGACACUGAAUGACCCCUUUUCAAAUAAUUUGUGCUAUUUCAACUUCAUCCAGCUCUUCAAUGCUAUUGAAUGGUCGUAUUAGGUCAGCUACAAUGGUCGUUAGUCAUUGUAGCUGGAGAAAUUAAUAGAGGUGUUGAUUACCUCUCGUUGCUCGUGGUGCUUCUGAAAGCAACGUAGUAAUCAGUGAUAUAACUGCUGGCAGAAUCACCUGUAGGAUAUUUUUUAUCAAAAUGUGGAAUCUCUAUGAACAGCAUAGGGAUGGUGUUUAAUGAGGAGAGGGUUUAGCAUAUUCACACAUUAACCACAGAUGAAACUAUGGCCUCAUGCAAGCAGGAGGCCUCCUGUCUCCUUGGUACCCAAAGGCUAAGGUUCCUAUUUUAAGGAUCACCUGAUUGGGACUCAUAAUGCGGUAGAGUCCCCUUGUCAUCGUCUCCAAGGUGCAGCUAGACAUCUUUUAAACGACUAUGCAUUUCUUACACAUGUCAAGAUGCUACUCACACUGGGAGGUUAUCGUACAUUUUGAAGUUGCAGACAAAAUCUUAACCCUCACCUCAAAAUAUGCAGUUGCAGCUCACCUGCUCUGGCUGCUAAGAAAAUAAUAUUAAGAAAGUAUUUAAUUGAGUCGAAAGGCAAAAGCAUGUGAUUCAUGACAAUCAUUAACUAUAAUAUAUUAUACUAAUUCAUAUUUAUUAAUGAUUAGUCUAUUUGAGGGGGUGCAAGAUGUUCCACACAUCAAGGAGAAUUACUUGAGUAUUUCUGGAUCUGGCAGACUGAUCAUCCCUUUAGUAUCAUGUGUAUUGACUAUCGCUGCUGUUUCUGUUGCAACUAUGAAUUUGAAAUGACAAUCCACGCUUAUAUCAUGAUUGUCCUGUUUCAUUGAAUCAUGCGCUGCAAUUUGUUGAAAUCAUGGAUGCUUCCAAACCAAAAUAAGAUGAAGAUGGGAACUGGUUAAAGGGCUGACGAACACCGCUGUUUCAGAACCACUCCUAUGGCAAGAUCUCUAAUAGUACUUGAAUGGACAAUCAAUAUUUUGCACUCAGUUUAUAUUAUCCCUCACAGUGUCCUGUGUUGUCAAGCUAGAGCAUUUGUUGUGGUCAACUUUGAACUUUUUACUUCUACCCAACCAAUGUGUUCUGCUUCAUUGUUUUUUUGUGUAAAUUCAUACAUUUUGGUGCAAAUAGUAUUUUGUAUUUUUGUGACUUUUUUAAAAUAAGUUAAAACAAUGCAGUAAAUUGAAUAGUAAGAAAUGUAAUCACGGGGAAAAAAACGCUGGAAAGUUUUUUUCUGUUUUUGAAGCUUUAUUAAAAUGUAUCUUGUUAUCUUAGUCGGAGAAAAGUUAUGCAAACAUAUUCAUAUAAUAACAGGGCUUUAAAAGUUGAAAUGCAAAUGGUAAAAUACUCAUUGGGAUAAUAUGUGGCAUCAUAUUUAUUGGUCAUGGGUGCGUUUUGUAUUCUCUAACAACGCGUGUGAGCAUGUGUUUUUCAUACUUUCUUUGGAUAAGCUAGGGUAGGCAAUUUAUAUUAGGGGAAUUUCUUGUCAUAUUUUUGGAAAUUCUCUCGAUAUCUCAUCAGCAAUAAAUCAAAUGCUCUGAAAAUGAUGAAAGUUCCUGGGAGCUGUUGCUGUUGAUGGUAAUACACCUGUCCAGUCAUUUCAUUCUGCCUAACUGAAAUGUUUUUUUUGUUGGAUACUUUUAAUAUCUAGCUCACUCUAGAUCUGGCUAGUUGCAUACCCUAGCUUUAAAAAAUAUGCAUCUGGACAAUUAUGGCAGUUAUGUUUGAAGCACUGAUUUUUGUAAUCAAAUAAGGAUAUUACUAUGAGUUUCUAUGCAAACCGGUGCUAUUAGACUGUAGGCUUAGAUCUGAUGUGAUGUUUUCAGUGUACAGGAUUAGUUUUUUUUCUCAGCUUCAGUGGAUGUGCUUAUUAAUACGGAUUUCUACUGUGGUUUGUAAAAGUAAUAAGUAAUAAACUUGUUUAUUACUAUAAAAAAAAAAAGUGAAGUCCUUGAAAUGAAUGUUUGCUGCAUCAUAUGUUUAAUAAACAUUAAGAGACAAAAUGGGAAAGUUACUAC